UAACGAUGAAUGUAUUUUAGGAGCUUUCUUGAUGGCCAUCAGAUGGAAAGGACUAAAUAGACAAGAAACGGCCUGUUUGACGGAGGCCAUGGUGAAGUCUGGGGAGGUCUUGACCUGGCCCGAAAGCUGGAAAGGAAAGAUGGUGGACAAACACAGUUCAGGGGGAGUCGGUGACAAAAUAAGUCUUGUCCUCGUGCCAAUUCUAGCCUGUUGUGGUGUGAAGAUUCCAAUGGUAUCUGGAAGAGGGCUUGGAUAUACCGGAGGCACCUUGGAUAAAUUGGAAUCUAUUCCAGGAGUCAAAGUGAGCUUUGAUACAAAGGACUUGAAAGAAACAGUUGGAAAGGUCGGAUGCUGUGUUGUAGGGCCAACAGACAGUUUUGUCCCGGCCGAUAAACUUUUAUACGGAAUUCGGGACGUUACUGAUACAGUAAAAAGCAACGGGCUAAUAGCAUCAUCUAUUGUGAGUAAAAAGGCAGCAGAGGGAGUGGAUUUUCUCAUUCUGGAUGUUAAAUGUGGCAAAGCAGCCUUGUAUAAAGAUCAGGGGGAAGCUGAAGAGCUCGCGAGGUUGAUGGUUGACAUUUCAAAUGGUUUUAACAUUGACACGACGGCUCUGAUCACGAGAAUGGAUCAUCCUAUCGGACUAGCGAUUGGAAACUCUCUGGAGAUAGUGGAAGCUCUCCGAUGCCUGCGGUGGAACUGCCCUGUGUGUGGAGACCUUAACACAUGUAUACAGUGCCGAGGAUGUAAAGAUAUCAAAGAACUUAUGUAUGAGCUAGGAGGACGUUUACUGUGUAAAGCCGGAGUAACAAAAACCAUGAAGGAAUCUCGUGGUAUGAUGGAGGGGACAAUUCGGAGCGGGGAAGCGAUGGAGCGCUUCAGAAAAUUAAUCGUCGCUCAGGGCGCCACAGAGGACACGGCUAAACGUCUCUGUGACCCCAGCACUGACUUCUGGAUGGGACUUCCUAAAGCAAAGCAGAUCACGGACCUACAAUUACAACAAGAAGGGUAUGUGCACGACAUAGAUGCCCAAAAAUGCGGCAAAGCUUCCUGGAAACUUGGCGCGGGUAGAACUAAAACAGAUGACAUCCUACAAUUUGGAGUUGGUUUAGAACUUCAAGUGUGUCUGGGUGAUAAAAUCAGAAAGGGCGACGUAUGGGUCAAAGUUCACCACGAUUCGGACACUAUCCCAGCGGAGGUGUUGUCUCUAUUAGAAAAGGCAAUAGUGGUCAAAGAUCAGGAACUGACCACUUUACACAGAUCACGUGUAAUAAAGGUCAUCCCGCCCGACAGUUCCAACACCUGUGCAACGAGGAGCUCACUGUAGAAAAAAUAACUAAUCUCGAUGAUUCAAUUAAAACAUUUACCGGAACUCUUAUUUAUAUUGCCGAAAAAACUAUACCAAAGUCCGUUCCAAAACCUACAAAGUUUCUUUUAUCUGAAGAAUCUUUUAUUAAUAGAUCCGGCCGAAAGACGAUUUCCCCAACUGUUGAAAAUUUCAAUAAUUUUAAAAUUUGGAGAGCAAAGGCUCGGCGAUCUAUUAAAUCCAAUAAAAAGAUUAGCUGGAAGGAAUACGUUUCUAAAAUAUCUUCAAGCACAUCAUCUAAAAAGGUAUGGGAUCAGAUACGAAAAAUAAGUGGAAACAGAAAAACGGCACCAUCAUCCCAUCUUAUCAAAAAAAACAAAUUUUCUCUUCUAAAUCAGAAAUUGCGAAUGUAUUUGCCAAAAAUAUAGCCCAAAACUCAUCAGCCAAAAACCAACAAGAGAAAGAAAAGAAACGUCUCAAUUUUAAAUCCUCCAACACAGAACGUUACAAUAAACCAUUCGAUCUCCCAGAGUUGCUUGAAUCCUUAAACAAAUCAUACGAUUCAGCAGCUGGGCCUGAUGAAAUUCUAUACCAAUUCCUGAAACAUCUACCGGAAUCAUCCUUACGUUGUCUCCUAUAUAUUUUUAAUCAAGUCUACGAAUCUGGAAAGAUCCCAGAUUCUUGGAAGGAAUCUACAAUUAUUCCAAUUCUAAAACCUGGUAAGGACACCACUGAACCAAAUAAUUAUCGUCCAAUCUCUCUAACGAGUUGCAUUUGCAAAACACUUGAACGGAUGAUAAACACUAGACUAGUUUGGUUCCUUGAAUCCAAUAAUAUUUUGAGUCCACUCCAAAGUGGAUUCAGAAACCGCAGAGGAACAGUAGACCAUCUGGUCAGAUUAGAAACCUUCAUUCGAGAAGCUUUCGCGAAAAAGGAGCAUCUUGUCGCUGUGUUCUUUGACCUGGAAAAGGCAUACGAUACUACAUGGCAAUAUGGUAUUAUGAAAGACCUGAAUGAAAUUGGUGUACGUGGGAAUCUCCCAAAAUUCAUUUCAAACUAUAUAUACAUUUUAAAGUUCGUAUAGGUUCAACUUAUUCUGAAACAGCAAAACAGGAAAUGGGAGUCCCUCAGCGUGGGACCAUUUCCGUAACACUUUUCGGUCUGAAAGUCAACAGUAUAACUAAAUGUCUCGGUAAGUGAACUGAAGGGUCUCUAUUCGUCGAUGACUUCUUGAUCUGCUAUAGGUCGAAGAACAUGCACACGAUAGAACGACAACUUCAACAAUGUUUAGGCAAACCUCAAACAUGGUCGGAUGAAAACGGCUUUUAAUUCUCCAGAUCAAAAACUGUCUGCAUGCACUUCUGCCAAAAAUGAAAACCACAUAAUGAUCCAGAUCUAACAUUAAACGGUAUCAAAAUUCCAGUUGUCGAGCAGACUUAAUUCUUCGGACUAAUUUUCGAUUCGAAACUCUCAUAUGUUCCACAUAUGAAAUACUUGAAAGAUAAGUGCUCAAAGGCAAUGAACAUUUUACGAGUACUAUCCCAUAAUGACUUGGGCGCAGACCGCGAAAUGCUUCUGCGCCUUUAUUGGGCACUUAUUCGAUCAAAACUCGACUAUGGCUCCAUCGUUUAUGGAUCUGCACGAAAUUCUUACCUGCAGAUGCUGGAUCCUAUCCAAAACCAAGGAUUACGUCUAGUACUUGGUGCUUUUCGAACAACACCUGUGCAGAGCCUUUAUGUUGAGGCAAAUGAACCAUCCCUAAAUGACAGAAGGAAAAAACUUUCUCUUCAAUAUGCCACCCAAUUGAAAUCCAACCCGAAAAAUCCGGCUUUUGACCUUGUUGUCAAUCCGCAAUACCAAAACAUAUUUAAUCAAAACCAAAAUCUUUUACCAACAUUCUGCAUAAGAAUUUCUAACCUUCUUCAGGAACUUAGCAUCAGUUUAGACAACUGUUGUGUAUAUGGUUGUAUGGGUGUGAUGAGAUUACAUAAUAUCUUUUAUUAUAUUUUACCAGUGAAAUAUCAAAAAUUAUUCAUUCUAUAAAAGUGAUAUUUUUCACCAGUGA